ACAGGACAAGAUGUAUAAGACCAUCAGGCACGGGGAGAACAGCCUGCAGUACACGAUUCUGCCCCAGAACGACGACUUCCGCAUCGAGGGCAAGCUGUCGGGCUCCGGACGAUCGGGCUCCGCCGGCGGGGGAGCCUCCGCCUCCGCAUCCGGAAAGGCCAAGGGCCAGCGACGCCGCCGCUCCUUCUUCGCCUACUUGGGCUUGAUCUUCGUGUGCACCGUGAUCAUUGGCGCCGUGCUCCUACCCUUCCUGGUGUCCGCCGAGUGUCUGCCGAAUCCCACGGAAUGGUUCCUGAAGACCAAGGCGGCCCUCAUCCACAGUCCACAGCCAGGCGGCGCAGAGGCGGCUGGCAGUGCCGCACUACCCACGGGAUCCCCCUUGCUGCAGCAGAACGUGGGACGGAAUGUGCAGAUUGUGAACCGAAAUGGCAUUGAGCAGUUCGUGAUCCGCGUGAACAAGACCAAUCCGAGUGCCAGCACCACCAGUGGCACCACCACCACCACCACCGUGACCAGCAGCUCCAGUUCCAGCAGCAGCAGCAGCACCUCCACGACAACGACGACGACAACCGCUCCAGCCCCCACAACCACCAGCACCGCCACCACGACAACCAGGGAGCCUCCGGUGCCGACAACUCCGAGGAACCCGCCUCCGCCGCCGCCUCCACCGGCCACCACGAUCACCACCCGCAUCAUCCAGGUGCCGCUACUCAAGUCCGCCGCCAAGAAGCCCAUAAUGCCGCCAGUUCUGGCCAAGGCCCAGGGGCCGCAGGUCCAAAACUCCAGGGUGCAGACGCAGUCGGGCACGGAGCACGACUCGAAAUCGACAUCGGAAUCGGAGGACGGUCAGAAGAGCAACGGCGCCUGGAUAAAGACGCACUGGGCCUACAUCGAUCCCUCGACGUACUUCCAAUGGACCGGCUACAAGGACGAGGAUAGCGUGCUGCUGCCCGCUCUGCUGGGCUUCGCCCUCAUCGGAGUGAUUUUGAUCAUAACGGUCUGCCUGGUGGCACGCAACAAGCGCACCAUUGUGUCCUCCGUCCGCAAGCGGCAUCGCAAUGACAUCGAGGAGCAGGGCGCCGAGGACAACGCCACUCUGCUGACCACCACCAACAUGUCGGACGACGACUAAUUGGAGCUCGUCCAGAUGAUUCCCUGUUCGCCCUCGGUUCCAGCUUUUGAUUUCCGGCCUGCUUGAGCGAUUCCAAGUCGCCGGGCCAUCGCCCACUUCGCCCAUCCGUUUGAGAUUACCCAGACCUGCUAAAAUUGUAAGAUUGCUCCACACCAGCGGAUCCAGUAUGCUAAUCCCCAUUCCCAUCCCCCUCCUUCCGGAAGGCGGAGCAACAAGAAAUCCAAGAACGAAGAAGACUGUUUCUGAAACAAUUGCUUGGCUAUCCUCUCCUUAUAGUUUACCAAUGCUCCUCCUCCCCCAAAACUGUGUGCGUGUGUGUGCUUGAGAGAG